GCACAGCCUAUUGAUUGCGGCGUGGUCCCCGGCCGUGCGGUUGGGCUGGUGUCUGCUCGAGUACUAAGGAGAUCCCUACAAAGAGUGCGUCCCUGAUUCCGCUGAAAGGACCUGAGGGAGAGAGGGAGAGAGAGAGAGAGUUCGUACGCCCGCAUUCACUUCGACCUGAGACAACCGUACGUAGCCGCAGCAAGACCCGCUCUACGAUGGAAGGUGCCGAAGGCUCCCUCAACAGUUCCAACGCCUCGUCCUCGGUGGCUGCAGCCGACUUCCCGACCUACAAGCAGGGCCCGCUCGUCACCCUGGUGUUCAUCGUGGGCUACACGCUGUGCUUCGUCCUGUGCGUGGUCGGCAACACGUUCGUCUGCGUGAUCGUGGCCAAGUACCACAACCUGCACACCGUCACCAACUUCUUCAUCUUCAACCUGGCGGCUGCAGACCUGCUGGUGGCGCUGUUCUGCAUGCCCGUCACCCUCAUCAACAACAUCGUCACCGCCUGGCCGUUCGGAGGCGUGAUCUGUAAGCUGUCCCCCUUCAUGCAAGGUGUGUCCAUCGGAGCGUCUAUCUUCACACUGGUCGCCAUAGCGGCAGACAGGUACCUGGCUGUUGUCCACGUCCCCCAGGGAAAGAUCAGCGGCCGUCAGGCGGGGGUGACUAUCGCCGCUAUCUGGCUGCUGGCGGCCGCCAUCAAUAUCCCCCAGGCAGUCGUGCUCGAAGUAGCGCCUCAUGACUUCGGCAACGGGGUAACCGUUUCCGCAUGUCAGGAGGAAUGGCCGAGCAUGAACCACCGCCGUGCCUACACCAUCAUGUUCUUUCUGCUGCUGUUCGUGGUGCCUAUCUCCAUCAUCGCCUACAUGUACGUGCAGGUGGCCAACAACAUCUGGUACCGACCUGUGGCGACGUCCGUGCCGCGUAAACUGGCAGAUCCUCACCAGAAGAAGAAGACGUGGGUGGUGAAGAUGUUAGUGGUGGUGGUGGUCCUGUUCUUCGUGUGCUGGCUGCCGCUGCACCUCAUCACGCUCAUCGGCGACUGGUCCGACCCGUUCGCCAGCCACGCCGAGGUCGUCUUCGUCUACCUCUACCCGAUCGCCCACUGGCUGGCGUACUUCAACAGCUGCAUGAACCCGGUGGUCUACGGGUACUACAACAAGAACUUCCGCCGGCUCUGCGACUCCAAGCUGGGGCGUCAUGCCGGCGACGGGGCGGACCGUGACGACAGGACCAACGGCAACGUCAACGCGACGGAGAACAAGGACAACUACCAGCUGCAGGUCAUCGAGACCGAGCAGACGCAGCCGACCAGACGCACCACCGUGUCAGCCAUCACCAUGGGAACCAUGGCGUCAACGCCUGACAGACCUCAUGCUGACGUAGCCGUGUAGCGGAGCAGUCGACUGUCCAUUAAAUUUGAAAACUGUGUGUUAAAUUUGAAACAAUAAGUGUAUUGUGCAUAUUGCAAGUACCAAAGACAAUGGCUGAAGACGACGCUGCUCGUAUUAUGUGAAACGCGAAGAUUCUCUGUUUCAAAUUCGAAUGGAGAGGCCUCUCUGUUUCAAAUACCAAUUGUCUAGAUCAGGACUUGAAAAGACUUCGGUUCCGUAACUGGGGCACUCUGACUGUUCACAAGGGUUUUCCACUUCUGGCGGUCGUCGGGCAGUCUAGUCAGCUGGGCCGACGUCUUUCCCGUCCAAUCCUUUACAGGAAAAGAGAGAAACAGAAAUGAAAUGCCAAUGUUCCACUUAUCAAUAAAUGUACUCGUUGAUAAUGUUCACCGAAGUCAUCAUCAGGGUAACGUUACGGUAUGUUGGUUAUAGCUAUUUUUCAGGUAAAAUUCAACGUUUUGGUCAUGAAAAUCUCAACUCAAGUUUUCUUUUCAACUACUUUAAACUUGUUGACAAUCGUGUUAAUAUGGUAUACCCCAUCAUCACUUGUUAAUAUGGACAAAUAUCUACA